CCCAAUACGGCACUCUAAAGUCUAAACAGGAAAGUCAAUAAAUUCAUCCGUCAAAAUCAAAGAUGAAGCCGAUUGAGGUAAUGGAUCCUCGUCUCUGGCACAAAAUUGCUGCCAUCUCCGGUAUGGCAGCGCUUGGGUUGGGAACCUACGGUUUUCAUGCCUUCAAGCCCAAAAAUCCUGCUUACAAAGAGGUUUGGUAUACAGCAUCCCUAUACCAUUUGGUUCAUACAGCAGCCCUUCUGGCUGCUCCUACGACCACUCGCCCUAACAUUUUUGGGGCACUUUUGACGACUGGAAUUCUGGCCUUCUCUGGGACGUGUUAUGCCGUUGCCUACCUUGAAGACAGAAAGUAUGCUACCAUGGCUCCUUUUGGUGGAUUCGCAUUUAUUGGUGCCUGGGCAAGCUUGCUGUUUUAGGAGCUUUUUAUCUUCCCCGUUGCUGCAAUAGGAUCUCUCACUUCAUGUGGGUUUUCGGAACGUACCUCUUUAAUAACCUCCACAUGCUCAUGAUCUGAAGACUUCCGAGUUCAAAUCGUUCGUCUUCCUUCUUUCACAUGUUAUCUGAAUACUUUUGACUUUGCUAUCCAGAAUAUUGGCACAAAAUGAGGAUGGUUUAAUUCUUAUAUUUUUUUUUACCAGUGAUUA